GUAGAUGGAGGUUCAGUCAGGGCAGUCCACCUCUACCGCCACCCCCACGUCGCUGACUUCACUCUCCAGCGGGUCUGCGUUUAGCGACGGCUACCCCAGCGCCAGGGAUGACUUCGAGCCGACUAUGGAAGAGUCUCUUUCCCCCGUGGACUUAGAAGCUCUGAUCCAAACCGAGCGCAUCACGAAGAUCCUCGACGAGUGCGUAUACAAGACCAAGCUGGCCAUCUGCCUCCCGGACCUUGUGAAGGAGUUCCACACCCUCAGCUCCAUCCUCUCCAGCCAGAACAUGGACGACCUGAUCUUCAUAUUUGAGCAGUACGAUAAGCCGAUGUUUUCGACAAGUUUCUUGAAUAUUGAGGCUUUGGAGGAGAUUAAAAGUGGAGCAAGUACACUGAAAAACCGGUUAAAUCCUGAAUUAGGUCACCUUAUGUACAUUAUGUUUAGCUACCCUGCACUGAAAUCUAAAGUUGAAGAAAUGGUAGAGAAGAUGAAACUUGACUGUCAGGACGGCGAAAUGCCCCCAUCCCUGGACUACUUGGUGACGUUGGAGCAGUUCCGAGACCUGAUGGUGAGGCAGCUGUCCACAACAGCGGCCGAAGAGCUCGCAGCCAAGUUUAAGACCAAGAAACUUGAGGCACAGAAUGCAAAACUAAUCGCGAACAUUAAAGAAAAAUCUGAAGCAUUGGAGGCUGAAAAAGAAGCGUUUGAAGUGGCGAUGGAAGAGAAAAGACAGAAAAUUAAGUCGCUACAAGACGAGCUUGAGGAGAUACAGGCUGAAGCUUCAAAGGAUAUCAAAAAGAAAAUUUUGGAUUCCGAACGUCAAAUGGUGCUUGCCAGUCGCGUGCACGCCGCGAAGAACAACAUCUUGCAAGACGAGCAAGCCGAGACGACGCGCGUCUACAAAACCUUGCUGGAAACACAUGUGCAGGAGGAGAAGAAACUGAGAGCUCGCAGGUUGAAAGUGGAGACACAGUUGCUCUCCUGGAUCAAGAAGUACGACCUGGAGAUGACGGACAAGCAGGUCGAGCUGGACGACUUCCAGCAGAAGUACGAUGACGAAGUACGCGCGUGUCGGGAGUUAGAGGAGAAACUAAAAAUACAGAACGUACAGUACAUUCCUCUGAUGGCGGAGAGAGAAGAAGAGUACCACAGAGAGAUGAAACAGAAGAUGGAGAAGUUCCUUCUAGAACAUGCUGCGCGGGUCAUUCAGUCCGCCUGGCGCAAAGUACUUCUUAACAGAGCUGAAAGAAAGAAGCUUUGGAAAUUACAAAAACAACAAAAGAGAAUCGAAAAACAAGAAGCUGAAAAGUUGCGAAAAAAGAACCCGGCCAAAAAAUUUAAAAAACUCGUCAAAACUGUUGACAGCCCUGAAAUUAACGAACUGCAAAAUAAUAAUGAUAACCCUAAAAUGAACAAACCUCGAAUAAACGAGGAUAAACGUAGAUCAAAGAAACCGCUAAAAAGCGUUGGUCAUCCAAAAACUAAACAAACGGCUGUUAAAAAGUGA